CUGUUUCUCUUUCUAUUUUGACCCUAAAGUCUCAAACAGAAUGGUGGUACGCCUUCUGCUGGUCAGUACUAGAAUGCAGCAAUAUGAGUAAUGUCCAGUGUCCACAGUGCACUUGCAGCAUUUAGUCAUCUUAAGUAUUUCCCUUUUAUCAUUAUUAUUUAUUGACAGUUCUGCAGCAAGAUCAAAGAUCAGUAAAAGCUAUAAAAUUCCUUCACAUUCUCUUUCCGCUGAAUAAGAAAUUCGGCCUCUUUUUCUUCUUUUCCAUGGCUUUCUCUCUCUAGUUUGAUAUAGGGAGAGAGCUCCUGCAUCUUCAUCUACUGUAAGUGAUUAAUUUUUAUUAAUCUCUUAUUUUGAUGUCAUGGAAAGGAAGAAGAAGGAUCACAGAAUUGCUUCAGCUACUACCCACGAACGUGGCUCUAAUGACUUGCUGGGUGAAUCUGAUGAUGACCAGCGUAAAGAAGAACAAAACCAAUCCACUGUUGCAUUUGCUACGAAGAGUAUGGGAGCUACUAAUCCUUCACAUGACGAUGCACCUUCCCUCAAUCAGCAAUCCCCUUCAAUUCUUCAAUGGCCAUGCUGCCCAUGCACACCUCAAAUUAACGGGGAGCGGCCUUCCUCAAGUUCAAAGCCUUGUGUAUCUGCCCAAUCUCCAUCAAUAGCUGUAAGCCAAUGGCAUCAAUUACCUCAUCUGCCAUUAAAUCCUGCUAGUCAUCAGGGCCAUGCACUACCUCACCUUGCCCAAUCAACCACACCAUUUUGGCUACCUCAGCGUCCUGGUUACUAUAUGCCUGGUGUGAAUGCACCUGUUAUAUUUCAGCCAUCCACCUGGAGCAAUUAAUGCUAGUUAGCAUGCUUCUGGUUUAGUAGGAGGUGGAACUUCAUCAAAAGACCAUAAUCAGUUUCCCGAUUUCUGUUACCAAGUUGGUUACGCAUUUCCAGGGCCUUGGGAUCCAUCUUCUUGGUGUGGUCAUAUUCAACAAUCACAGCCUCCUAGCAAUUAUGUGUUCCCAGGAGCUUAUGGCUACUUCUCUUUACAACCUCCAACUGUGCCUGAUUGUUCAGCGCCCCUUGGACAAUCAUCUCAAAGGGGGAUCAUUAGGGCACCAGAACAACUGUGGGAAGCUCAAGGAUGAUUUCUUUUCUGCUGCCCUUGUUUUGUUUUCACUAUGAUAUUGCCAUUUUUGCUUAUGUCAAUUUUUUGCUUGAGGAUGCAGUCAGCAGAGAAUGUUCAACUAUGGAUCGUAAUUGGACAUUUGCAAUCAGAACUAGCUGAUUACAAGAGCCACGUUACGAAGCUUGAAUCAGAAGUUUCAUUCCUGAAACAAGCAAUGGAAGAGUCCACUGCACAUGUGACUGGGACUGCUGUGUCUAGACAAGUAUCAAAGAGAGGGAGACCAAGGAGAUCAGUUGCUUUGGUUGAUGCAUUACCUUCACCUGAUGGAUCUCAACCCCAAGUUCGAGGUAGAAAAGCUUGUAGUUUAGAGAAAGUUAUCCUAAACAAGGCAGAACAUAAAGUAAAUCAUCUAAUCCGACAGCCAUUACCCAACAAGAAGAUGAAAAGUCUCAAAUGUGAUCACAAACAGUAGCAGUAAGAUGGCAAUUAAUGGAAGUAAUGUGAUAGUGCCAUCAUUCCCCAAUCAAGUUCCCCAAGAAAUUUCUCAAACGCAAAUGUCUGGAGUUGAAAAGAAUGAUGGCAAGACUGGAGAUAUAAAUGAUGCCUUCACAGUCAUGAAUCAGGAAGCUAAGGGGAUGGACAAUAGAAUUGGUUUUUUAGCUUCUUUCUUAGGAGCAAGAAACAACGGAAGUCUCGGAUGGCCUUAUACAAUCAUCCGUGAAGGCAGUGAGACAAAUGACUUGAAUAAGAGUUCUCAAAGUUUUAACAAUUAUGGUAGUGCUAUCAGACAAGGUGGAAGAGUUAUUCCUGGAUGGAGUUUUGUGAAUGAAGAGGAUGCUUCUGAGGAGCUUGAAGAUGCUGUGGCAACAUCAGCCAAGGAUGAAAAUGAGGAGGAAAUGGAAGAUGAUGCUACCUCAGGUGGUGAAGAAAUCACCUGGUCAAAAGGUGAAGGUGAAGAUCUGCCUCAGUUCAGUAACCGGUGAAGAAAAUUGUUGGGAUCUCUAUGUGUACGUACUUUUCUUGUGACAAACUGAAAAUAGAUUUUAGACAAAAGGAAAUUCUGCUCAAUUGGGCCAACCUUUUCUCAAUGCAGGGUAAAGGUUUGCUCAAAAUUUUGUAGGGGAGCAGGAUUUUAGCUCUCACAAAUUUUGAACUUGCCAAGUGACUAAUUUGGUCAUCAGCCUAUAUUGAAUUCUCUCACUA